CUCAUGAUUGCUGCAGCGAGAACAGAGACGCUCCUGUUUGUUUGGCACUGGCUGUCAUAUGGCAAGAGAGUAUCCGGUAUGAGACUGCCCAGCGCGAGAGCAAAGGCCGUCGAACAUUCCGUGGCCCUGGGUCGGACAUGUCCUUGGUUCCGACACAACCCGUCAUGGCCUGUUUGUGCGCUUGUCUGCACACAUGGAAGCGCGCCAUCAAGCAAGGCCGCACUCCACGAAGCCGAUGCGCUGCGAUAGCGCCGGAGCCAUGUGAGCAAUCAGCUGGCU